AACCCAAAAACACAACAAUGGCCAGACUCUCGAGUAUUGUUUCCCUCUUGGCAGUUGCGGCACUGCUGGUUGCAGAUGCCUACGCCUACCGCACCAUCGUGACGACGGUGGAGGUGGAGGAAGAGAAUCAAGGGCGGUGCCAGCACAUCAGGGCCCGCGAGCAGCUCCGCAUCUGCGAGAGCUUCCUCAGGAACCAGGGCAACCAGUGGAUGGGACCGUCAGACUUGAAACAGUGCUGCGGAGAGCUGAGGAAUGUGGAGGAGCAAUGCAGGUGCGAUGCUUUGCAUGAGAUUGCACGUGCGACAGAGGCAAAACAAGGAAGUCAUAGGCUACAGAUUGCACAGGUUUUGCCAUCCUUGUGCCAAAUCCGCCCACAAAUGUGCCACUUCUAAGCGCGCUCUGCUUUAAUUUCCUAGCAUACAAAAUAGCACAACCCCGUGCUUUUUGUCUUAUGCUUUAAUAAUAAAU